AUGGUGAUUUCGUUGGAGGACCUCACCGAGAACCACCUCGGCGGUGUACGCGGUCGAUGGAAUAGCUUGCUAGGCAUCGUACCGGAUCGGUCUCGGUGCAGGCGCCGUCAGCGUCGAGUGCGGGACAACUCCACCGACCUCGCCGCCGCCAUUGCGCGCUGCGCCCAGUUCUACAAGCACGAGUCGUCUAAGGAGGGGCGCGGAUACGCACGCAGAAUCGGCAGGCUCAUCGAACUCUCCACGCAGCUCUAG